AGAUGGAAAACCUAUUGCACAGGUGCCAGAAACAGCAUUUGGCUCCCUUAUUAAUGCAAAAAUGCAGCAGCUGUCAGUGUUUUCUUGCACUGUACCUGUGCAGCAGAAGAAACCAGGAGAAAGGGAUACAAAGGGUUGCAAGGAGAAGGUGGAAGGAGAGGAGAAGUUAAAGAGUGCGAGACUCACAGGACAGCACCAGGAGAUAAACAGCUUAAUGCAGAGAAAAAAUGCUGUGGAGGAGGAAAAUGCCUGUCUGAAGAAUGAAUUCAGUACCUUGAACCAGAAAUUUAAAGAUAAAAGCCAAGAACUUAAGGACACUGAGGAGUGUGCACAGAAGAAGGAAGAGCAAAACAGACUGGUUAUAAAAAACCUGGAGGAGCAAAAUAAGGGAUUAAAUACAUGCUGUGCUGACCUGCUGAGUGACCUGGAGAAACUGAGGAAGCAGGAGGCACAAUGGAAAGUGGAAAAAUGUGGCAGUGAUGCCAUAAUAAAGAAUUUGAAAACUCAUUUAGCAGAGGCAAGAGAACAAAUAAAAGAGUUAUGCAGUAUAUACGGUAACUUGUCAUCUCAGGUAGCUGUGAAACAAGAAGAACUCUUCCAAAAGAAUUGUGAUGUGAUCAAAACUAAGAAGGAGUUACAGGAGCUGCAGAAUCUUUGUGGACAAAACACUGAAUAUACAGCACAGCAGGGUGAGCUGAUAAAGCAGGUUCAGGCUCUCAAUGGUAAUACACAAAAAGUAAUGAAAGACCAAGAAGAUGCUCACACAGCUGAAAUAACAUUAUAUCAAAAACUUUAUAAUGAGUUGCGUUUAUGUUUUGAAACUGUUAAAACAAGUGAAAUUCAACUGCAGCAAAGCUGUGCCUCUCUUCAGGAUCAGUUACUUAAAAAAGAUAAAACAAUUUGUCUGUUGCAAGUGCAACUUCAGGAAGCACAUAAUGCUUCUACUGCAGUACAUCAGAAUUCUUCUCCAAAAUAUCAGGUACAGGAACCACCUGUGAAACAUUCAAGGUCUCUGUCCCCAAAGAGCUCUUUUAGAGAGUCAGAGGAGCUAAGGAAGCUUAAAAUAGCUGAAAGGAAGAUUGAAAACUUAGAGAAGACACUACGGCUAAAGACUCGAGAAACUGAUGAGCUAAGAGCAGCCUAUGAAAAACACAAAGAAAGGCUGCAUAUGUUACAGACCAACUACAGAGCACUAAAAGAACAAUUAAAGCAGUGGGAAGAAGGUGAUACCAGGCUUGAAAAUAGUAAAAGCGGAUACCAGCAUGCAGACUCUGGUCAGCUUUGUCAAGAGGAUCCUGAUGUGGUGUUGAAUGAACUGGCUUUUUUCAAAAGGGAACACAAAAAGCUGUUGAUUGAAAAACUGAAACUUGAAGAAGAAUUGGAUCAAAUGAAAAUACAGUAAUCUGUGGAUAAGUUCACAAUACAGGAUCUUAACUAUUUUUACAACAAAAAAGGGAAGAGAUGUGUUAUUUAUAUUCUGACAGAGCCACUUUUUAAACUUAGUGGAGAUGAUGGGGUCAAAAACAAUACUCCGGUGAGGAAUAUGAAAGAAGUUUCACAUCAGAUGUUACAGAAGGUACAACAACUAGAAAGAAGAUUCAAUGCUGUUGAAGGGGAAUUAAGGAAACAGAAAGAAGUAAAUAAAGACUUAUUGAAUCAGAAAAUUUAUUUGAAAGAAUCUUUAAAAGUACAAAAGGAAGAUGCAGUCACAAGAGAAAGAGAGCUGGAAAUGCUACUUAAGAGGAUUUGUGAAAUAAAAAAAGAAAAAUCAGAACUUCAGUUAGUGAUUGAUGAGAAGGAAAAAGAAGCUGCCUCUUUGAAGAGGCAAGUGGCAGAAGCUAACAGGUUGAGAAAUGAAAGUGAAGAUUUGCUGAGUCAAGUGCAAGAGCCGAAAUGCUUGCCAGAUAAAGCCAAAGCAGUGGCAACCUCUGGGCAAUGUAAUUGCAAGAUAACAGGCACCAAGGUUAAAUUAAAAACAGCCAAGGAAAAGAGCUCUUUGGGACAUCAUUGAGCUUUUCUCAAACAGUCCAUCAAGGUUAUGAGUAAUGUAUUUGAGAAGUUCAGUAAGGACGGCUGGGAGGAUGUGAAUGAAAGCAGUGACUCUGAGAUACCAAAUUCUGAAAGUUUGGAAACAGUGAUUAUGAAGACAGUGCAAAACAUUGAUCCACUGCCAGACAGAAGUAAACAAAAAGAAAAAAAGUCCUGCAACACUGUUCAUUUAGAAGGCAAAAACGAGCAAUAUAAUAAAAAGUGCCAUUCACAGAAUAACAUAAUGGCCCAUCUUCGGGUCCCCCAUUCACAGAAUAAAGACCUAGAAAACUUACAUUCCAAGAGGAGGAAGAUCUGCUGUCUUGUAACAUCACAUCCAUUGAUUCUGAGCAAAGUGAACAGAGCAAAAAGGAGAAAUAUCACUGUCCAGAAACCAGGCUACUCUGUUACUCUGCUGCAGGAAAGAAUUAAGUCAUUGCAGAAGCAGAUAGCUGUUUCACAGAAUGAAAAAAAGACUGCAGUGGCUUCUGUGAAGGAGAUGAAAGAAACCAAUGAAAAACUAACAAAUCAGCUACAUUUGGCUAAUCGGAGAGUUCAAACUAGUAAACUGACCAUAGAGAUGUUGACCUCCAACCUGGCCAAGUGGCAACAGGAGAAGGAAGAUUUACAAGGAAAAUUGAAGUUGAGAGAACACCUGUCUCAAACUGCUGGCAAAAGUAAAGCCACACCAGCUCCUUCAAAGAAUAUUGAUUUAGAGAUGAAACAGCUGCAGUGCAAACUAAAGAAAUCGAUUAAUGAAAUCACUAAGCAAUCGACCACCAUUAAGUCCCUAAAACAUGAAGUCCAGGAAAAAGAAGAACGGAUUCGAGAACUACAAGCGAAAAUUUCUCGAUUGGAGAGGGACCUUAAUGCGAAAAGACAUUUGAUGGAAGACCUAAAGUCUCAUCUGAAAGCAAGUCAAGAAAACGAGAAAACCUCAAAUGAAGCAUUGGAAAGUCUUGAGAGAAAGGUAAAGGCACUGGCUGAAGACUGUUCAGGCAAAAAAGCUUCCAUUGACUCACUGAAACAAAGACUUAAAGUAGCUACGAAAGAGAAGUCUCAGUAUGAGCAGAUGUAUCACAAGGCUAAAGAUGAGUUGGAGAAAAAGGACUUCAAGCUUACCAAACUAGAGAGCAAAAUAAUUGAGACUGAAUGUGCUAUGACUGAACUUGAGACUGCUGCAUCUGAUCAACUACAUAGCUUGGCUAAACAGAGUGCAGAGGCUUUGGAAGCAGUACAGAAGAAGUUGCUGCUCACCAGCGACAAAGUAGAAGAAUUCAAGACAUUUGUAAAGACUCUCAGCAGAGAGUUACAGCACAGCAUAGAAGAACUAAGAACAAAAAUCAAAAGACAAAAAAAAUGGGCAAGAUGAAAGCAUUUUCUUUCCCAAGAGUCCGUUCAGUUGGCAGCAUCUAUCCUUAAUGUUUCAACAACUGAUCUUGAGGAGAUACUAGAUGUAGAAGAUGAGGAGGAAACAGCAAAGACAAAAAUGGAAUUUGAAAAAGAUAAAGAAUGGCUGCAGCAUAUACAGAAACUUAUGGAAGCACAGGUCUCUACUCACUGCCUGUCCUCUGAUCACACACACAUAUUGACCCAUGCACAAGCAGCUGCACACACCACUGCAACUCAUCAGCAGUUUCCUUUUGCCUCACACUUAAUGGAUGUCGUACUUGAAAAAUUAAAUGAGAAGAAGAAACUGGUAGAAGAGUACAGUUCUCUCAUGAAGCAGACUCUAUGAUAUUGCUAAGACCUAUCUUUGCAAAGUGUGCCUUUCCUCUUCACAUAAAGAACUGUCAAUAUGCGUGUUCAAUACAUACAUAGAAACCAUGAACUAAUUAAUUGUUGGACAAGAGGAAUUAAUUAAAUUCCUAUUAGGAAGCAGUGUGGUAUUUGAUUCCUGAAGACAGAAAUUGCUUCAAAUCAAUGCAAAGUUCAAAAUUAUUUUUUUUAAAUGCAUUGGCAGUGAACACUAGUGCAGGCUUUGUAGAGAGAAGAUGUCUUUGUUAUGACUAAUAUACAUCUGUACAAUUUUGAAAGCACAAAAUGCACCUAAGUAACACCUGGUCGUACUAAUCAGAACAGUAGAAGUAGGAUU